UUCCCCUCCGCUCAAAGAAAUGUGCUAGUCUGCAAGCCACCAUCAACAAUACUUUACUGCCCCACAGGCGCUCGAGGACCGAGGUAAAGGGAAGUCAAACACCCGUGAAUUCCCUUGACGAUUUGACAAAGGAUUAGCUAGCUACAAGUGAAAAGGCGACUCCGGGAUGCUGGACCUCUAGGCAGAGUUACAAAGGAAAAGCCAUAUCUCAGACUGGCCAAUAAAAAAGAUUAAGAUGGGCAAAAGAAGACAGACACUGGACAGAGGAACUCUGAAUGAUCACACCUGUUUGUUGAGAUAGUAUGGACAAAGAGGAGCAGUUUGUCAACAUCGACCUAAACGACGACAACAUCUGCAGUGUCUGCAAGCUAGAGACCGACACGGGGACCAUGUCCUUCUGCCACGUCUGCUUUGAGCUCAGCAUCGAAGGUGUGUCUCAUGCCACCCUCCUGCACACCAAAUCCCUGCGAGGCCACCGGGAGUGUUUUGAGAAGUACCACCUCAUUGCCAACCAGAAGCUGUCCCGCUCCAAGGUCUCCCGCAGUCCCUACGAGGGCAUGAAGCUGGCCCUUAGCCAGAAGAUCAGCCGCAUCGUGCAGUACGCUCAGAACAAAGACUCUGUCAGCUCAGAGGGGAGUCCUGGCCGCCGGGGGGGCAAGCACCAGCUCCUCUGCUACAGCCAGAAUGGAGACCGUAAACUACUGCCCCAGUCGGACGCCCAGGUGCCCCGCUACACCCCACGCUGGAACCAGGGGAUGGGGGCAGGAGGGCUGCCGGACUACGCCACGGGCAUGCUGGAGUGCCACUCGACCGAGGAGCUGGGGCUACUGGAGGACGUGCGUGGCCUCGGGGCCCUGUGGGGGGUCACAGGAAGGAGGGGCCUUCACUGCAGCCACAGCCAGUCUUCUGGAGGAGACCACCAGACACUGCAUUCAAACAAUGGUCACAGAGGAGACGAGUUGAUUAAAAUGAGUGUGGACGAGCUUCACCAGCUGAAUGGGCAGCUGCUGCUACAGAUUCAAAAGGUGUUUGAGGAGCUGACAGUGGCUGUGCAGGAAAAAGACUCACUGGCGUCAGAACUGCAUGUUCGUCACAUCGCCAUCGAGCAGCUCUUCAAGAACUGUGCCAAGCUGCCCUGGCUGCAGAUCAGCCGGGCCGGGUCCGUGGUCAAGGCCAGCAGCAACGCCUCUGUGGAGUAAGGGGAGUCUGGGGAUACAUACCUGGCUGGUGACUGGGAGAUGGCUGUUUCACUCCCAGGGCUAAAGACAGACUAACAGGAUGGCCACUGUGUCCCGUGCCCUUUACAUUGUAUAAGACUUGUUGCGUGGUGUGGUUUCUCUCAGAAGAGUGAGGAAUGGACAUGACCUCUCUCAUCUGGUGCUCCAAGGCUUUCUGACUGCAGUACUUUGAAGAAGGGGCUCGGAGAAAGGCAAUAAAAUUAAAGGAUCUUGGGAUCCACUGACUUCCACAUGGGAACUGUGGGUUGUUGAGCCUCGCUGUCGGUGGACCUGUUGCCUAUGCAGACAAAGUAUUUUGAAAGAAUACCUAUUCAGAUUUGAUACAGAAUGACAUGAGCGAGAUCUUGUUUGAAUACUGGUAUAUACUAGUAAUUGCCAAAAUAAAGGAAACACUUGAGUAAAUGAAAAAGUAUAUUGAAAGCAGGCAGGGCUCUAAAGUCAGAUUCGUUAGCAUCAUGGUUGCAGUAUUACAACAGUGAAAACAGCUUGCUUCUAGCUCAACCGGGUCAAAAGAUCUGACCAAUUUUACAGGCACAACAUUUUUAUCUUCCUAUAGCCGAGCGGAUCGCCGGGACUGCAUUUUAGAUUCAUAAACCAUGUCGUGGGCCGUUCUAAAACUACUCAUGCGUCGACGUUGUUAACCAUUUGUUUAUACUUUGUUCAGUCAUGUUACCUUGUUCGCUAGCUAGCUAACAACCUGGUAACUUUACCAGUAUAUCCAAGCAUUUGGGGGCACAGAAAGAAAGGAAAAGGGGUAGCUUCUUCAGGAGAUCAGUGAUCAUAGCAGUGAAUAAAUGACAGAUCUCUUGCAUGUCAACAUCACAAACCUCAUGUUUUUAAAGAGACUGUGUACAAUUUUCUAUGUAUGCAUCUCAAUAGAAAAAUGCUGCUUUUACACAAUAUGUAGACAAUUAAUAUUCCACAAAUUACUUUAAUUACAGUUAUUCGUAUCAUCAUUUUAGCUUUUAUAAUAAACCAAUGUGUUUACAUUGUUCCAUAUUAGUUUCUAGGGCACAACGUGCUUCAGAAGUAGCUAGAAUUCAUAGGCUGCGUAAUUCAGAUUUUUUUUCUUCCACUAAUUGGUCUUUUGACCAAUCAGAUCAGCUCUGAAAAAGAUCUGAUGUGAAAAGAUCUGAUGUGAUUGAUCAAAAGAACAAUAGUUGGAAAAAAUAUCAGAAUUGUUCUGCCUGUGAAAAUGUAGCAAUAUAGGCCAAAUCUCAAUCAACUUUUCUGGUGCUCCUAAAUUUAAUUUGGUGCUCCCAACUUGAAGUUACCAAUGAAACAUUUGAAUUUAGAACCCUGAAAGCAGGUGCUUCCACACGCGUGUUUCCUGAGUUAAUUAAGCAAUUAACAUCCUAUCCCGUCAUGUAUAAGCAUGCCCAGUUGACCAUUACUUUGGCUAACAUGGCUAGAAAAGGGGUGUCAAAGGUGUGUAGAGGGUUUAGUGUGGGUGGGUGUGUCUGUCAGUUACCAGAAGGGUAUACUACAAAGCAUGAUCAAGGAGUUAGCCAGCUAACUUGUCUAAAUGUUCUGAAAUAUUUUUUUUUAGAAAGAUACGCUUGAUAUGGGCAUGGUCUAAUUGACUCAACAACCAAAAAUGCAUAUCUAAGUUUAACUGUCUUAAUGAACCAGAAAAUCAAUCAUUAUUUCUGGUUGUUUAUCAAAGAGAGCUGGCUAUCUCAUUGAUCCUGCUUUGUAGUAUACCCCUCUGAUAUCGACUCAAUUGAAAACUUGUGGGAAAUUCUGGAGCGGCGCCUGAGACGGCCUUUUUCACCACCAUCAACAAAACACCAAAUUAUGGCAUUUCUUGUGGAAGAAUGGUGUUGCGUCCCUCCAAAAGAGUUUCAAACACUUGUAGAAUCUAUACCCAGGGGCAUUGAAGCUGUUCUGGCGGCUCGUCGUGGCCCAACGCCCUAUUAAGACAUUGGUAUUUCCUUUAUUUUGGCAGUUACCUGUAUCUAGCUGCAGUUUUCUUUUUACAAUGACAGUUUUCAUUUAUGCAAUUUUCUCAUACUCUUUUACAUUUACUUUUCUUUUUGUUAUUUUAGUCACACCCAUUUCCUCGCUCCUCCAGAAAAUAUUUGGUUGACUGAUUCUGUUGUUGCUGUGGUAACUGUUACUAAAUGAGAGGUUAUUUUGUAUUCAGUGCAGUGAAACAUACUCUUGCAGUUUGAAUAAAUUGUGUUACAUCUGAGGUGGGAUUUUAAGUCCAGAGGUUACAGUUUGUUGCUUUUAUUAUUUCUCCAGUUUUUGAUUUGAUUUUGAUGUCUUGUUUGUAUUUUUAUUUGUUUUGUAUUUUGUUAGUGGCAUGCUGCAAAUGCUGUUUUCUGCUAUUCUUAACUUUAAGUCCUCUUGAUUUCAACUGGUAUGUUAUUUUAUGGUAGCCUGUGGUAAGGCUGUUGAGCACAAGUCAUGUAGUUGAACAAGGGAGUGGCAUGAAAUGUGUGCUGAUGGUAGAAAAGGCCUAACUCGGUAAGCAUUGUAUUGUCCAUUUGCCAAACCAAAGCCUUUAUUUGCUUCAAGGCAGCAAAUAUCAGUAUUUAAUAUUUCACUUGUGAACUACAAGUAUAGGCCUCGCUAGACCAACUAGAAUUGAUAGUGAAACGCAAUAGAAUAUACACUGAUACCAAAUUCACUUGAAAUGUGGCUCAAUGAUAAACUUGUGACUCUUUGGUUUUGCUGGCUAAAUUGGUUUAGCUGUAAUGUCCUGUGUUAUGAACUGCUCAACACAAUUUGGCAGGUAGCCUAGCGGCUAAGAGCAUUGGGCCAAUAACCAAAAGGUCACUGGUUUGAAUCCCUGGGCCGACUAAGUGAAAAAUCUGCCAAUGUGCCCUUGAGCAAGGCACUUCAAAUCUAAUGUUAUUAGACACAUGCGCCGAAUACAACAGGUGUAGACCUUACAGUGAAAUGCUUACCUAAAAGCCCCUAACCAACAAUGCAGUUUAAAAAAUAUGAAUAAGAAAUAAAAGUAACAAGUAGUUAAAGAGCAGCAGUAAAAUAACAAUAGCGAAACUUCUCUACAGGGGGUACCGGUUGUUCUUGUAAAUCGCUCUGGAUAAAGAGCGACAGCUAAAUGACGUAAAUGUAUUCUCCCCUGUUUCACUGUCUGUCAAGUUGAUGUUAGGUUGUGUGACAGAUUAUUCGUAUAUUGUUUUAUUAUUUUGUGGUUGUGUGCUUUGGUUUUUACUUAUUUUAUUUUAGCUAAUAAUUUUCUGGUGGCAGGUCUAUUCUGUGUGGAAUUCAAAUUAUGUAUAAACUGCCGAAUCCAGUUUUCUCUUAAUACGAUGUGUCCAUUAGUUUUAAAGGCACUGAUCUGAAUGGUGAAAAUAAAGCAAUAUGAUGGAAAGGCCAAAUAAUGAUUAACUUUACCUAUCCAGCCUGGUCAGAUCAGUGAUUUUGAAGAAAAGGAUACAGAUGAACUAGCCUUAAUGAAUAUUUGGGACACAGAUGUAGUAAGAAAAUGGAUUUUAGUAUGUCUCUGGUCAAUACUUAGACCUGCAUGUGAAAUUUAGGCAUACUCUGGUGGUUUGAAACAGCUGUAGAGGUUCUGAUCACUGAAGUGGACCCUCUAUCAUUGGCCCAGCUAGAAUGCGUAUAUUUUGGGAAGAAAGAAACAAAUAUAUUCAGGUUGAUGAAUUUGAAUCUUCCAAUGUCAGUCUCUCUUUAUAAGAGAUCAGGUUUGACCCCUUUCAUAGCAAAGGGUCUGAAUACUUGUGUAAAUACGUUAUUUCUGUUUUUAUUUUUCACUAAUUUGAACACAUUUCUCAACCUGUUUUUGCUUUGUCAUUAUGGGUUAUUGUGUGUAGAUUGCAGAGGAAUAUUAAUAUUAAAUACAUUUUAGAGUAAUGCUGUAAUGUAACAAAAUAUGGAAAAAGUCCAGGGGUCUGAAUACUUUCCGAAGGCACUGUAUGCUAGAGAAUAGGGUGAUAUUUCAGAUUUGCCCGCUGAGUGGUUUGUAGGUUUGGUAAAGUGAGAACAUGUCUGAAUGGUUGCUUCCCUGGUUGGAAAGAUCUGUGUGUCUGGGGUGAAUGUCAUUAGCUGUGUGUGUAUCUGUAAAUGCAUUUACAUUUAUUUCCCCUUUCUGCUAAGUUUGACUUAUGAUUUUAUUUGGUGGUUUGAUACAUUUAGGCUACGCUUGUGCUUGUGCUGUGUGGAUUGUUUUACUUAUAGAAAUGUGUGUUUUAAGCUUACUGUCUGUGUAAAGUAAAGGUUCAUAUUUUCUCUCAAAUAUUUCAGUAAAAUAAAAAUUAUUUUUUCUAUUCCUUUUAGUGUCAUUGUCUGAGUGGAUGUAAGUGUGGUAAGACAACGAUAGAUGUUGACUACAGUACAAUUUAUGGGAGGGGCUAUUAAUUCUAGUUAUUUACUAAUGGUCUCUAAUCAGAGCCCUCCAUACCCUUGAUCAUUUAUAAUUCAAACUAGAGUACAGUACAGUCUUCUACAAGGUUUCUACCAAUGAUGUACAAUGCCUUUGGAAAUUAUUCAGACCCCUUGACUUUUUUCACAUUUUGUUACAUUACAGCCUUAUUCUAAAAUGUUUUUAAUAAAUAAAAAUUCUCAGCAAUCUACACACACAAUACCCCAUAAUUUGGCCUGAAUGCCAAGCAUGACUUCUAGAGGAAACCUGGCACCAUCCCUAUGGUGAAGCAUGUUGGUGGCAGCAUCAUGCUAUGGCAACGUUUUUCAGCGGCAGGGACUGGAGACUAGUCAGACUUGAGGCAAAGAUGAACGGAGCAAAGUAAAAAGAGAUCCUUGAUGAAAACCUGCUCCAGAGCACUCAGGACCUCAGACUGGGGUGAAGGUUCACCUUCCAACAGGACAACGACCCUAAGCACACAGAUAAGACAACGCAGGAGUGACUUCGGGACAAGUCUCUGAAUGUCCUUGAGUGGCCCAGCCAGAGCCCAGACUUGAACUCGAUGUAACAUUUCUGGAGAGACCUGAAAAUAGCUGUGCAGCAAUGCUCCCCAUUUAACCUGACAGAGCUUGAGAGGAUCUGAAGAGAAGAAUGGGAGAAACUCCCCAAAUACAGUUGUGCCAAGCUUGUAGCGUCAUACCCAAGAAGACUUGAGGCUGUAAUUGCUGCGAAGGUGCAAUUACAGUAUUCAUAAGUCUGAAUACUUAUGUAAAUAUGAUAUUUGUUUAGAUUUGUUUUCUAAUUAUUAAAAUUAAAGUCCUGUCUUUGCUUUGUCAUUGUGGGGUAUUGUGUUUAGAUUGAGGAGAGAAAAAAAAGUGAUCUAUUUUAGAAUGAGGCUGUAACCUAAAAAAAAUUGGAAAAAGUCAAGGGGUCCCAAUACUUUCCGAAGGCACUGUAUUAUAAACCCUGGAUUGCUGAUGCUAUGUUUUGGCCAAUGAGGUGCUUCAAAGCCACCAGUCGGCCAUAUUGGCAGUCCCCAGAAGAAGCAGUCCUCCAUAGGAAUGUUUCAAGGACAAAAUGACAUGUAUUUUUGUUGUAUUGGGGACAGUAACAGUACAUUAUACAAAUUAUACUUCUAGGAAAAUGUUUUAUUUGUAAACUCAGCAAAAAAGGAAAUUUCCCUUUUUCAGGACCCUGUCUUUCAACGAUAAUUCGUAAAAGUCCAAAUAACUUAACAGAUCUUCAAUGUAAAUGGUUUAAACACUGUUUCCCAUGCUUGUUCAAUGAACCAUAAACAAUUAAUGAACAUGCACCUGUGGAACGGUCAUUAAGACACUAACAGUUUAGACAGUAGGCAAUUAAGGUCACAGUUAGGACACUAAAGAGGCCUUUCUACUGACUCUGAAAAACACCAAAAGAAAGAUGCCCAGGGUCCAUGCUCAUCUGCGUGAAUGUGCCUUAGGCAUGCUGCAAGGAGGCAUGAGGACUGCAGAUGUGGCCUGGGCAAUAAAUUGCAAUGUCCGUACUGUGAGACACCUAAGACAGCGCUACAGGGAGACGGGACGCACAGCUGAUCGUCCACAGUGGCAACCACGUGUAACAACAACUGCACAGGAUCGGUACAUCUGAACAUCACACCUGCGGGACAGGUACAGGAUUGCAACAACAACUGCCUGAGUUACACCAGGAACACACAAUCCCUCCAUCAGUGCUCAGACUGUCCGCAAUAGGCUGAGAGAGGCUGGACUGAGGGCUUGUAGACCUGUUGUAAUGCAGGUCCUCACCAGACAUCACUGGCAACAACGUUGCCUAUGGGCACAAACCCACCGUCGCUGGACCAGACAGGACUGGCAAAAAGUGCUCUUCACUGACGAGUCGCGGUUUUGUCUCAUCAGGGGUGAUGGUCGGGUUCUCGUUUAUCGUAGAAGGAAAGAGCAUUACACCGAGGCCUGUACUCUGGAGCGGGAUCGAUUUGGAGGUGGAGGGUCCGUCAUGGUCUGGGGUGGUGUGUUACAGCAUCAUCGGACUGAGCUUGUCAUUGCAGGCAAUCUCAACACUGUGCGUUACAGGGAAGACAUCCUCCUCCCUCAUGUGGUACCCUUCCUGCAGGCUCAUCUUGACAUGACCCUCCAGCAUGACAAUGCCACCAGCCAUACUACUCGUUCUGUGUGUGAUUUCCUGCAAGACAGGAAUGUCAGUGUUUUGCCAUGGCCAACGAAGAGCCCGGAUCCCAUUGAGCAUGUCUGGGACCUGUUGGAUGUGAGGGCUAGGGCCAUACCCCCCAGAAAUUUCUGGGAACUUGCAGGUGCCUUGGUGGAAGAGUGGGGUAACAUCUCACAGCAAGAACUGGCAAAUCUGGUGCAGUCCAUGAGGAGGAGAUGCACUGCAGUACUUUAUGCAGGUGGUGGCCACACCAGAUACUGACUGUUACUUUUGAUUUUGACCCACCCUUUGUUCAGGGACACAUUAUUCAAUUUCUGUUAGUCACGUGUCUGUGGAACUUGUUCAGUUUAUGUCUGUUGAUGAAUCUUGUUGUGUUCAUACAAAUAUUUACACAUGUUAAGUUUGCUGAAAAUAAAUGCAGUUGACAUUGA